AUGUCGGGAUAUCAACAAGGGGGAGGCCAUUACAAUGAUGGCUAUGGCCAUCAGGAACAUGGUGACUCCUACUAUCAAGAUGAACAUGGGCAAGCUUACUAUGACCAUGACUAUGGUGAUGGUUACUACGACAGAUCCGGGUACUAUGGCGCGGACGGCAACCACAAUCAGCAUGAAGGAGGAUACUACGAUGCUGGUCAGCCGCACGACGACUACUACGGUGACCAAUACUACGACCAGGGCAAUGGCCAGCAGGGCUACGAUAAUCGGGGAAGACGCCGAGGUGAUUCGGAAGAAGACUCGGAGACAUUCAGUGACUUCACCAUGAGGUCUGAAACCGCUCGUGCGGCCGAUAUGGACUAUUACGGCCGCGGUGACGAACGUUACAACAGCUACGCCGAUAGCCAGUAUGGUGGACGUGGGUACGGGUACCGCCCACCGUCAUCUCAGAUCUCAUAUGKGGCCAACAGGUCCUCCGGAGCAUCAACCCCAGUGUACGGCAUGGACUACGGCAAUGCUCUGCCCGCUGGUCAGCGAUCUCGAGAGCCUUACCCUGCGUGGGCGUCAGAUGGUCAGGUCCCCGUCUCCAAGGAGGAGAUAGAAGACAUUUUCCUCGAUCUAGUGAAUAAGUUCGGCUUCCAACGAGACAGCAUGCGCAACAUGUAUGAUCACUUGAUGACGAUGCUGGAUUCGCGGGCUUCCCGCAUGACGCCCAACCAGGCGCUUCUUUCCUUGCACGCCGACUACAUUGGAGGUGACAAUGCCAACUACCGACGUUGGUAUUUCGCUGCCCACCUGGACUUGGACGAUGCCGUGGGUUUUGCCAACAUGAAGCUUGGAAAAGCCGACCGUAAGACAAGGAAAGCGCGGAAAGCAGCCAAGAAAGCCGCCCAGCAGAACCCGGAGAACGUUGAGGAGACAUUGGAAGCCCUGGAGGGUGACAAUAGCUUGGAGGCCGCCGAGUACAGAUGGAAAACUCGGAUGAAUAAGAUGUCCCAGCAUGACAGAGUUCGCCAACUGGCACUGUUUUUGCUCUGCUGGGGUGAAGCCAACCAGGUCCGGUUCCUACCCGAAUGUCUUUGCUUCAUCUUCAAAUGCGCCGACGACUACUACAACUCGCCCGAGUGUCAGAACCGAGUUGAGCCUGUUGAAGAAUUCACUUAUCUUAACGAGAUCAUCACGCCUCUUUACCAGUAUUGCCGUGAUCAGGGCUAUGAAAUCGUGGAUGGGAAAUACGUACGUCGUGAGCGCGAUCAUAACCAGAUCAUUGGUUAUGAUGAUAUGAACCAGCUUUUCUGGUACCCAGAAGGUAUCGAGCGGAUUGUCUUCGAGGACAAGACGCGCCUGGUUGACAUCCCUCCGGCUGAGCGAUGGGCAAAGCUGAAGGAUGUCGUCUGGAAGAAGGCUUUCUUCAAGACCUACAAGGAAACACGAUCUUGGUUCCACUUGAUCACCAACUUCAACCGUAUUUGGGUCAUCCACCUGGGUGCUUUCUGGUUCUUUACUGCUUACAACGCACAAUCGCUCUACACCGACAAUUAUCAACAGCAAGUGAACAAUAGCCCCCCUGGUUAUAGGAUUUGGUCCGCCGUCGGUUUCGGAGGCGCCCUGGUCUCUUUCAUCCAGAUCGCGGCUACUAUCUGUGAAUGGAUGUACGUGCCUAGGCGCUGGGCAGGAGCUCAGCAUCUCACCAAGCGAUUGAUGUUCCUGCUCCUGGUUUUCAUCAUCAAUCUGGGUCCUGGUGUGUUUGUUUUCGCAUACAGCAAGAGCAUGGGCAUCAGCAGCACCAUCCCUUUGAUUGUUGGUAUUGUCCACUUUUUCGUCGCGCUGGCAACUUUCGUCUUCUUCUCUGUUAUGCCGCUUGGCGGACUUUUCGGCAGUUACCUGAAGAAGCAUGGCCGUCAGUACGUGGCUAGCCAGACAUUCACCGCAAGCUUCCCACGUCUGCACGGCAACGAUAUGUGGAUGUCGUACGGCCUAUGGGUCUGCGUUUUCGGUGCUAAGUUGGCGGAAUCGUACUUCUUCCUGACCCUGUCUUUCAAGGACCCGAUUCGAAUCCUCUCACCCAUGCAAAUACAUGCGUGUGCGGGUGUGAAAUACAUUGGGAAUGUUCUGUGCCACAAACAGCCCCAGAUUCUUCUCGGCUUGAUGUUCUUCAUGGACUUGACGCUCUUCUUCUUGGACAGUUACCUUUGGUACAUUAUUUGCAACACUGUCUUCUCUGUUGCAAGGUCGUUCUACCUGGGUGUAUCGAUCUGGUCGCCCUGGAGAAACAUCUUCUCCCGACUGCCCAAGCGUAUUUACUCAAAGGUCCUCGCCACCACCGACAUGGAAAUCAAGUACAAGCCUAAGGUAUUGAUUUCUCAAGUUUGGAACGCCAUCAUCAUCUCAAUGUACCGGGAGCAUCUGCUGGCCAUAGACCAUGUCCAGAAGCUCCUCUACCACCAGGUUCCUUCUGAGCAAGAAGGCAAACGGACCCUGCGUGCGCCCACUUUCUUUGUGUCUCAGGAGGAUCAAUCUUUCAAGACUGAGUUCUUCCCGCCUGGUAGUGAAGCUGAGCGUCGGAUUUCGUUCUUCGCGCAAUCACUCUCUACCCCUAUGCCCGAGCCCCUUCCUGUGGACAAUAUGCCUACAUUCACCGUUUUGAUCCCCCACUACAGCGAGAAGAUCCUCCUCUCCCUGCGUGAGAUUAUCCGUGAGGAUGAGCCUUACUCUCGCGUGACGCUGCUGGAGUACCUCAAACAACUUCAUCCUCACGAGUGGGACUGCUUCGUCAAGGACACCAAGAUUUUGGCCGAUGAAACCUCCCAGUUCAAUGGCGAACCCGAGAAGAGUGAAAAGGAUGUUGCUAAGAGCAAGAUUGAUGACCUUCCUUUCUAUUGCAUUGGUUUCAAGUCCGCUGCUCCAGAGUACACCCUUCGGACUCGUAUUUGGUCCUCAUUGCGUUCACAGACACUCUACCGCACUGUUUCCGGGUUCAUGAAUUACAGCAGGGCGAUCAAGCUCCUGUACCGGGUUGAAAAUCCAGAGGUCGUGCAGAUGUUCGGUGGUAAUUCUGAGAAGCUCGAACGAGAGCUUGAGAGGAUGGCGCGCCGCAAAUUCAAGAUCGUCGUUUCUAUGCAGCGCUACGCCAAGUUCAACAAGGAAGAGCGUGAGAAUACCGAGUUCCUUCUCAGGGCUUACCCAGAUCUCCAAAUCGCCUACCUGGACGAGGAACCCCCUGUCAAUGAAGGUGAAGAGCCCCGUCUGUACUCUGCCCUUAUUGAUGGACACUGCGAGCUGUUGGAGAACGGUAUGCGGAAGCCGAAGUUUAGGAUUCAGCUUUCUGGAAACCCAAUUUUAGGAGAUGGCAAGUCUGACAACCAGAAUCACUCGAUCAUCUUCUACCGUGGCGAGUAUAUCCAAGUGAUCGAUGCCAAUCAGGACAACUAUCUCGAAGAGUGUCUCAAGAUCCGUAGUGUCCUCGCCGAGUUCGAGGAAUUGACUACUGACAACGUCUCCCCCUACACGCCCGGCAUUCCCUCUACGAACACCAACCCCGUGGCCAUUCUUGGUGCCCGUGAAUACAUUUUCUCCGAGAAUAUCGGCGUGCUUGGUGACGUCGCGGCUGGGAAAGAACAGACUUUCGGUACCCUUUUCGCUCGUACGCUGGCUCAGAUCGGUGGUAAGCUUCACUAUGGUCACCCCGAUUUCCUGAACGGCAUCUUCAUGACAACUCGUGGCGGUAUCUCGAAAGCUCAAAAAGGUCUGCAUCUGAACGAGGAUAUCUAUGCCGGUAUGACUGCCAUGAUCCGUGGUGGUCGCAUCAAGCACUGCGAGUACUACCAAUGUGGUAAAGGUCGUGAUCUUGGUUUUGGCUCCAUUUUGAACUUCACAACCAAGAUCGGUACGGGUAUGGGCGAGCAGAUGUUGUCCAGAGAGUACUACUAUCUCGGCACUCAAUUGCCUCUCGACCGCUUCCUGUCAUUUUACUAUGCUCACCCUGGCUUCCACAUUAACAAUAUGUUUAUCAUGUUGUCGGUGCAGAUGUUCAUGAUUGUCCUAAUCAACCUGGGAGCUCUGAAGCACGAGACCAUCACUUGCCGUUACAACCCUGACUUGCCGAUCACGGAUCCUCUUCGACCAACUUACUGUGCCAAUCUCACCCCGAUCGUCGACUGGGUCAACCGUUGUAUCAUCUCGAUCUUCAUCGUCUUCUUCAUCUCUUUCGUCCCACUGGCCGUACAGGAACUGACAGAGAGGGGAGUAUGGCGGAUGGCCAUGCGUCUAGCCAAACACUUCGGUUCCGUCUCCUUCAUGUUCGAGGUGUUUGUCUGCCAGAUCUAUGCCAACGCUGUCCACCAGAACCUUUCUUUCGGCGGUGCGCGAUAUAUCGGUACUGGUCGUGGCUUCGCCACGGCCCGCAUUCCCUUUGGUGUCUUAUACUCGCGUUUUGCAGGUCCCUCCAUCUACGCUGGCGCGCGUUCGCUGCUUAUGCUUCUGUUCGCGACGUCCACCGUCUGGACGGCGGCUCUCAUUUGGUUCUGGGUCUCUCUGCUCGCCCUCUGCAUCUCGCCGUUCUUGUUCAACCCCCACCAGUUCGCCUGGAAUGAUUUCUUCAUUGAUUACCGCGAUUAUCUCAGGUGGCUUUCACGUGGUAAUUCGCGCUCACACGCAUCUUCUUGGAUCGGAUUCUGUCGUCUGUCUCGUACUCGGAUCACGGGUUACAAGCGCAAGCUUUUGGGUGUGCCAUCUGAAAAGGGUUCCGGCGAUGUUCCCAGGGCUCGUAUCACCAACAUUUUCUUCAGCGAGAUUGUGGCACCCCUGGUACUUGUUGCUGUGACUCUAGUUCCCUAUCUCUACAUCAACUCCAGAACUGGAAAAACUGGUGACCCAAAGGAAGCUAUGGAUGCCAUCAUGCGAAUUGCCAUUGUUGCCGCUGGACCAAUCGGCAUCAAUGCAGGCGUUGCUGGUGCUUUCUUCGGCAUGGCUUGCUGUAUGGGGCCCAUCUUCAGCAUGUGCUGCAAGAAAUUCGGUGCUGUUCUCGCCGCCAUUGCGCACGCUAUAGCCGUCAUUGCAUUGCUCGCCAUCUUCGAAGUCAUGUUCUUCCUUGAGGCUUGGUCCUGGCCGAGAACCCUCAUGGGCAUGAUUGCAGCGGCGGCUAUUCAGCGUUUUAUCUACAAGCUCAUCAUUGCCCUUGCAUUGACUCGCGAGUUCAAGCACGACCAAUCUAAUAUCGCAUGGUGGACCGGCAAGUGGUACAGCAUGGGUUGGCACUCGAUGUCUCAACCUGGCCGUGAGUUCCUGUGCAAGAUUACGGAGUUGGGAUACUUCUCUGCAGACUUCGUUUUGGGUCACAUACUCUUGUUCGCUAUGCUGCCCGCCCUCUGCGUCCCAUUCAUUGACAAAUUCCACUCGGUCAUGCUCUUCUGGCUGCGGCCAAGUCGCCAAAUCCGCCCUCCAAUCUAUUCCCUCAAGCAAUCGAAGCUCAGGAAAAGAAGAGUCAUCCGCUUUGCUAUUCUCUACUUCGCGAUGCUCGUUCUAUUCCUUGUCCUUCUCAUUGCUCCACUUAUUGCUCGUUCCAUGGGAUUGGCUAAAAAUCUCAGCAUUCCCAUCAGUGGCUUGAUGCAGCCUCUUGACAAGGACAACAACGACACUAUGGUGACAUACACCGGCAACAAUAUUCCCGCUGGUUUUGAGCCAGUCGAGAGCUCCUCAAGCGCGGCCACUGCAACGAGCUAG